AUGCAGAACCAAUGUGGCGACGUCACCAUGCGGGUAAUGGAAUACGAGAGCCAAAGGGCUCAGGUGCGGAGGGAAGAUAUGGAAAGGAGGCAGCGGAGGGUGCAAGAGCUUGAACUUGAAGAGAAAUGCACGGCCGAGGACAAGAAGUUGUUGGCCAAGGACGAGAAAAAGUACAAGCUCCAGAUGCGAAAGCAGAACAAGCUUAUGCACGUAUGUCUGUGUGUUCUGCUGAACCUGGCAGAGGAAAUCUCAAUCGAGAAGAAGAUGGUCAAUCGGAAAAUGCCGACGCUUCUGCUGCAGCUACUGGACAGGAGUCAGGAGGACCUGCUGUUGGGGGUCCUGACCUUCUUGAAGAAGCUUAGCGUCUUCGAGGAGAACAAGGAUCAGAUUGCCGUACCUCAGACCUUGAACAACUUGGUCAGAUUGGCACAGCAUCCCAAUGCUCGAAUCUCGCUAUUGGCGCUUCGUCUUUUGUUUAAUCUAUCCUUUGAUGAGAGAGUGCGAGCUGCUUUGGUGGAGUCGGGCAUCAUCAAACUGCUGGUUGAUCUUCUGAAGAACCCACCCUUUCGCCACAUAGUCUUGCGCCUGCUGUACCACUUCUCCAUGGACGACCGCUGCAAGUCACUCAUGGCAUACCACAGGGAUGGCAUGAUCAUGCUGCUCCAGCUGGUUGUCCAUUUUCCGGAGCCACGGGUUGGAAAGGAUCUAGUGGCCCUGAUGGUGAAUCUCGCCGCGCAUGCUCGCGCAGCAGAGGUCAUUGUGCAAAGCGGCCUGUUUCCGGCCAUUGUUCUCCGCGUAUUGAAGCACCGGGACCCUUUGCUGUGCCAGGUGAUACGGCACGUCGCCUCACAUUCGGGCGUGCUGGAGCAAAUGUACGAGCUUCUACAGAGUGAAGAUGUUCGCAUGGCCAAGUGGAUGCAUGAGUUCGUCCGCAUGGCUGUGUGCUCUGUUGACAACCCAGAUAUGCUGGUGGAGGUGCUGGGAACCCUGGCCAACGUCACACUGGAGGAGGUGCCUUGGGCCGAGCUCUGCGAGCCGGGCCUGGGCCUCCUGGAGCUCCUUACGCGGCUCCUGGUCCCCAGCUUCUCCGAGGAUGACUUGGUGCUCGAGUGCGUGCUCUUGGCGAGCAACCUUGCUUGCUGUCCAGAAUCAGCGCAGCACAUUGCGGGCUCGCGACUACCGGCACUGAUGCAGGACUUGUUAGUCGAGAAGCGAGAGGACGAGGAAAUUGUCGUGCAGUUGCUCUUUGCAUUCCACUGCCUACUGCAUCAUGACGAGGUUCGCGAAUACGUUCUGCAAGAGACGGAACUGGCGCCUUGCAUCAUGAGGUUUGCGCGAGCACGAAAUCCUCUGGUUCUCGAGUAUGCAACUGCUCUGCUGCAGAUCGUAGCGACCACCAACGAUGCUCCGGGCGCAGAGGAUGGAACUCCAGCUUGGGUGGAGCAGAUCAAGGCAUUUCGCUUUGAGCAGCACAACCCAGAAUGGUGCAGAUGUGUCACCAGAGAGUUGAGUGGUGGUACUGGCAUGUCUCCUGGUGGAGCAUAUGGCGGUUACUAUGACGAUCACGAGGGCAGCGGGGGAGAGGAUGAAGAAGAGUUUGCAUUCCACUGGGCGGGUGUUGACGCUGCUGAUCCUCGAGACCUUGCGAAGCGCGAUUGGGCCAACCAGGAUUUCGCGAAGCUGUCCCAUUCCAGCCGCUGGCAAACAUGA